AUGGAUAKGGAAAAUAAUGACGAAGACAACAACACCUCACACAUAUCUAAAUUGAAGAACAGUAAUAACGGGGACAUUGUUAAGAAUACCGAACAAGGAACGAUUUCAUUUCAAUUCAAAAAUGGGAUUUCUGUAGACAUAACUCUCGAUGGAUCGAUCAGAAUGGCAAAUCAAACUGCAAAUGCCGUAGCAGCUGUAAAUGCAACCGGUAACAUAUCGGCCGUCAUGCACCCUGUUGGUUUUAUGUAUAAAAAAGAUGAUAUUGUCCACGUACAGGCAAAUGACAUUAAUUUUGGAAAUCACAAGUUGGCGAAAAUAAAGUCGACGGGUAUCCACUUCAAAGCCAUCAAAAGCCCACUAGUGUACUUGGUGGACGAAGCAGGCGUGAGAACAAACUUUUCGGAGAACUUUAUGCGCAUGGACAGGGACAUCACGUUGGACGUGCUGUACAAGGAUUGUCGACACGGGGCCAUGUACGUAAACGUGUGUAACGAUUUGCUGUCAGAUAUCAAGAGCACAGUCCUAGAGACCGGUACUGAAUGGAGACUUUACGACGUAUCGGUGGUACAAGAGAACGUUCACGGAUUCGUCAGGGUAAUCAAAGACGGUCGCGAAAAGUACGAAAUCCGGUCCUCGGCGUCCAUCGGCACGAUAAAUCUGUACUCGGACGCGGUAGACUGCACGGCGUCGCAUGGCAUCAAUCAUUAUUUCUUCGUCAAAAAGAACAAGAGCCGCAUUCAUUAUGAGGUGCGCAACAAGUUCAUGGUGCGGUACGGUGGCUAUCAUACCGGUUUCAACGAGUGCAACGAAUUUUCGUUUUUCUGA